AUGGCUGCCGCAGCGCCGUCGGGUUCUUUUCAGGCAAUCCUCUCCGCAUCUUUUCGCCUAUGCCUUCCUCCUCCACCGCCUGCCAGUGCUGCUCUUCCAACACGCCUUCCCCCCAACCCCAUCUUCCCCCCCCCGUCCCCCUACCGCAUCUUUCCCCCUUCCUCACCCUUCUCUCCCUACCAGAACAACCCCCCCAAGCCUCUCCGCAUCUGGUCGCCCAAGCCUGCCUCCGCCACCGCCCUGCCAGUGCUGCUCUUCCAACACGGCUUCUCCGCUCAAACUAUUUACUACUCUCUCCUGCUCUCCCGCGUUGCUUCCCACGGCUUCAUUGUCGUCGCUCCCCAGGUGGGUAGGGCAAAUAGAGCAACCCCCCCAAGCCUCUCCGCAUCUGGUCGCCCAAUUCCCCCCAACGCCCCCCUUCUCCUCCCCCCUUUCACCCUGCCUCUCCGCAUCUGGUCGCCCAAGCCCACUACAGCCACCGCCCUGCCAGUGCUGCUCUUCCAACACGGCUUCUCUGCUUCUCUGUUCCCAAGCAACCCCCCCAGGCCUCUCCGCAUCUGGUCCCCCAAGCCCUCCACAGCCACCGCCCUGCCAGUGCUGCUCUUCCAACACGGCUUCUCCGCUCAGACCUCCUUCUACUCGCAGCUGCUCACGCGCAUAGCCAAGCACGGCUACAUCGUCGUGGCGCCUCAGGUAUGUGGAUGGGUGCAUAUCAGUGCACAGAUGGGUAAGCAUGGGUUUAGUGCGGUGGGUGGGUGCACACUGCUGCUCUUCCAACACGGCUUCUCCGCCCAAACCUCCUUCUACUCGCAGCUGCUCACGCGCAUAGCCAAGCACGGCUACAUCGUCGUGGCUCCUCAGGUGUGUGGGUGGGUGUAA